AUGGCCUCGCGACUUGCCCUCGUUCUUGCGAUUGGGUGCGUCCUCCGCCCCAUCGUCGCCAACCCGCCAAGCCCUUCCAUCGCAGUGACCACAGCACAGCCGCUGGUUGGCGACGCGUGGCCAGCCGAUCUCACUGCGGAAGCCGCUUCGUCCCCUGCGACCAGUCUUGCAGACAAGACGGAGCUCGCGCUGGCGUUCGUGCGCAAACAGUUGAAGGCGUAUGCGGUGCCAGGACUGGCAGUGUCCGUCGUGUACAAGAACAAAACGGUCCUCUCGCAGGGCGUUGGCACGAACGAGGCCAACGCACCCGUGACGGACAAGUCGGUGUUUCAAAUUGGAUCGUACUCCAAGACGUUCAUCGCUGUCGCGAUCGCCAAACUGGUGGAUGAGAAGAAGCUGACGUGGCAAGACCCUGUCAAAGCCCACCUCCCGUCGUUCCGCCUGGCCGACAAGUACGCUGAAGAGCACACGACGCUCGGGGACCUUGCAGGCAUGAACUCUGUCUUGGGGUUUCACGAGGGCGACCUGGCUGCCUUCUUCGACGUCCACGGGAGCGAAAAGGGCCUGGUUGCCGCCCUCGGGGAGCUCCAGACCGCUCGUUCCUUCCGUGCUGGCCACGCCUAUUCCAACUUGAACUAUGCCAUUCUCGGCCAAGUCAUCGAAGCCGUCACGGCCAAAUCGUGGCCCGACUACCUCCGCGCGACGUUCUGGAGCCCAUUGGGCAUGAACGACACGGUGGGCCGUCCGGCCGACAGUUCCGCUCUCCUGUCAUCCGGUCAUUUCGUGUGCGGCGACAAAGUGCUGGGGCCGUUUGACCUGCACAACGCCAGCAUGGUGGCGCUGCGACCGCGGAACGACUACUUUGCAGCCGGCUCGAUCCUGUCGUCGGUGUCGGACCUGUCCAAGUUUACGCGCUUCCUCUUGAACAAGGGCAAGGGCAUCUUCUCAUCGGACGCGGCCGUGUCGGAGCUCAUCACGGGCCACACCAUUGCCAGUCCAUCGACGCAGGACGGCCUGGCGCACGUGGGUUUGACGUAUUCACGCGACGGAAAUUCUCUCACUGCGGGCUAUGGUUUCGACGUGGUUGGCGAUGUAGCAUUUGGACACCACUACUUUGACAAGGCAGGAGAUACGCUGGCUCAUCAGACUCGCAAUGGCUUUGUUCCCGACCACGACUUGGGAGUUGUCGUCGUGGCGAACGCCAUACCUGUGGGUGGCAAGACCAGCGCCCAAGUGUACCUCGACUUGAUUCGAUCGUACAUUGUCGGCGUGUUCUUGGACGUCCCGAUUGCAACGCUCAACAAGCGCCAUAACGCGAUCGUGACGGCUCUGGACGCGAGCCCCCCCGCCCCCUGCGACCCCCACUACUUUGAAGGCAAGUCAUGGGAAACGCCGGGUCUUGACAUUUCCAAUCGCACCAAAAUCCUCUUGAACGGGACGUACCAUGCCGCCGUGUCCCCCGGUUUCUACGGCACGGCCAAGAUCUUUUCCCAAGGCAACGAUCUCUGCCCACAGCCGACCCAGAAGUAUCGCGACCAAAUUGUCUUCGCGUGCUUCCGCCAGAACUCUUUCAACGCGCGGUUCCAAUCUCGCUGCGCCGGCGUCAGUCCGGGCAGGAACGACUGA